GAUAAACAUUAUGAGGGAGGUGUGAGCAGCUCACUACACCUGCUGCUGCUGACACCACCACAACCACGUCUCAUAAUCUAUGCUCAAGAAGCUUAGUCUUUAGACUCGAGAAGCUUAGUCUUUAAACACAAAAAGCUUCGUCUUUAGACAAGAAGCUUAGUCUUGAGACACAAGAAGCUUAGUCUUUAUACUUUGGACUCGAAAAGCUUAGUCUUUGGGCAAAGCUAACAGUCUGAUAUUAUAUUACGCACAAGCUCAAGCUUGAGUCUUGUCUUAGGGGUGCAGCUUAAGCUUAAAACUUUAUUUUGUGUGUUCAUAUUCUCAUAGUUUGGCCUAGCAAGAAAUAAGGACAAAUAGUUUUGAAAGUUUGGACAGACUCUUUUUGUUGACAACCUGUCAGGCAGCUCAGUGAUUUUCAUCAUACAUCAAAGAAGCUUUAUUCUACACUUAGAACAUCCGCAAAGUAACAAUGUUUGGGCAGCAACGUGCUCCAUUUGGUAGCACCACGUCUACCUUUGGCACAGGCUUUGGAACCCCCAACACCACGACUGGUACUACGGGAUUUGGAACUAACUUUGGGCGUACUGCUUUUGGAAAUCCGCAACAAACUACAAGCUUUGGAGCAGCAACGACACCUUUUGGGGCUGCCACUUCUACAGGUACAUCAUUGUUUGGCACUCAGACACAGCAACCUGGAGGAGGAUUGUUUGGACAACAACAACCUCAGCAAACAUCAACAAGUUUUAGUCAGCCUAGCACUGGUUUUGGCACAAGUACUGGAGGACUCUUUGGCCAGACUCAACAACCUACUGCCACUGGUCUUUUUGGUAGUGGUACAACUGGUGGCUUUGGAGCACAACAAUCAACACAGAAUCGUCCCUUUGGUUUUGGUCAGACAAUCACCAGCAGCACAAGCACUGCAGGAGGACUCUUCAGUUCUACACAACCUGCCACUAGUGGAGGACUCUUCAGCAGUUCAGGUUUUGGUGCAGCAGGAGCUCUCACUGGCACAACAGUCAAGUAUGAACCUGUUACUGGCAGCGACACAAUGACCAGAAAUGGAGUUUCCACCAACAUCCGUACAAAAAUUGAAGUCAUCUCUACUAUGAAAGAGUAUGAAAACAAGUCUUUAGAAGAACUACGUGUUGAAGAUUAUCUUGCGAACCGAAAAGGCCCGACCUCAGGUACGACCAUGCCUGGUUUUGGUCAGACACAGCAGCAGGGAACACAGCCACAGUUGGGAAGUACAGGGCUCUUUGGAUCCUCCAGUGGUACGUCAUUAUUUGCAACUACCAAGCCUCCGGAGAAUAAGUCCCUAUUUGGCACUGCAACUUCAACUGGUUUUGGUACCCCUACUGGUGGAAGCCUAUUUGGAACAGGUGCGAGUACUCCAGGCUUUGGGCAAACUAGUACGGCACCCAACACAAGCUUUUCCUUUAACACGCAGCAACAACAAAAAAGUACCGGAUUCAAUUUUGGUGGUACAGCUACCACCACUCCUUCAUUGUUUGGGUCCACACCACAACAGCAACAACAGCAACAAUCAGGAUUUGGCCUUGGUGGAUUUCAGUUAGGGCAGAAUACCCAGCAACAGAAUACUGGAGGGCUUUUUGGUAAUCAGAACAAGCCAGGGGGAUUCCUUUCCACCCAAAAUACUGGUGGAGGUCUCUUUGGCAAUAAACCAGCAGGCAUAACUCCAUCUCUUAGUACUGGCUUUGGCAACACAUCUGCAGUCACUCCCUUUGGUACAGCUACAAACACAAGCACAGGAGGAGGGCUCUUUGGUGCCCAGAACACUCAAAACAAAACUGGAAUCUUUUCUGGAUUUAAUAGCAACACUGGUUUUGGCAGCACUGGUCUUUUUGGACAGAACAACAACCAACAAAAGCCUGGUGCUGGACUCUCAUUUAGUCAGUUUGGAAGCACCAACACCAUGGGUCAGAGUCUUGGUACCAACCCUGGAGGUGUUCUCUUCAAUCCUGGUGGAGCAAACACUGGCAUGGGCAUGACUGGGAUUGGUCUCCUCAACACCAACACUGGAUUUGGCAUGCCUCAACUAAAUAUGAUGGGCAAUACUGGUGGUGGAAUGUUUCCUGAUCUGGGUAAACUGGUCAAGGCCAUGACUGAGAAACCAAUUUUUGACAUCCCUUGGGGUAGCAAAUCUUCGCCAGUAACAGAUAAAACCAACAGCACAUCAAACAGUGAUGAAGUUAGUUCUAAGUUAGCCAGCUCCAAUCAGAAGCCCACUUAUGUCCUCUCACCUUCUCUUGUGGCAAAUAACAAACCACGGCCUAAGCCCAUAAACAAGGCCAACAACCAAGGGAAUGAUCGACAUUGGCUGUUCAAGGGACUGGAAGAUCCCAGCGAGGAAAGUUCAGAAGAUUUCUUAAAGCCCAAGAAAUACCCUAGUGUGAGAAAACUAAAUUUGAGGGUAUUCAAAAGUGUUAAACCUGACACAACCUCUCUAGGCAGUCCAACAACAAGGGAGGAUGGUGACUCUAGUGGUGGUAAUGCACCAUCUCCUCUUACAACUCCUAUCAGUCCUCUAGGCGAUAACACUCCUCUGCGUCCUAGUGGUCCGCCCUCGCAUGAUAAUUAUCCCAUGCCUGACAUGAAGGGUAGAAACAAAGUAAAGAGACUUAACUUGGCAGACAAACAUGGGCAGAUCAAUGACACACUAACAGACCUCAAUGUUAAUCACUUAAAAGUCACAGAGCCUGCUGAUGAAAACACUGAGGCUGAUGACUCAGCAGACAAAGAUAAAAGUCAUUUUGAUGCAGAAGCCAACAAAGAAAAUAAUGUCUCCCUUUUCAAUUCAGUGGACGAAGACAUUCCUGAAAUCCUCAACAGGUCCUCGGAUAAAUCACAUCCUGCUGGUGUCAAGUUAACUCGCUCUGGUUACUACACACUCCCUUCCUUGGAGGAUCUGGGAGAAAUGGUGGAUUCUGAGGGAAGAUGCCUUGUGGAAAACUUUACCAUUGGAAGAUAUGGCUAUGGCAAUGUGUGUUUUCUGGGUGUGACAGAUGUGGCUGGCCUGGACUUAGAUGCAGUGGUGUUUAUCCUGAGGAAGCAGAUAGAGGUGUAUCCAGAGGGCACUCAGAAACCUCCUCAGGGCCAGGAACUCAACAAACCUGCUGUUAUUACUCUAGACUGUGUAUGGCCAGUUGACAAGACCACUCGUGAGGUGAUAAAGUCAUCUGAUCGUCUGCAGAGCAUGGCUUGGGGUGACUAUCUCGAACGCCAGUGUGUCAAGAUGGAGGCCACUUUUCUAGAGUAUCGCCCAGAAACUGGAUCAUGGGUCUUCAAGGUGAAACAUUUUUCAAAGUACGGGCUACAAGAGGAUAAUGAAGAAGAAGCGAUGGUCACCGUUUCUCCCAAGACUAAUCAGAGUCAACCAACCCCUCCCCAAAGUACAGCUCAAAGUGGCGCUGCUGCGGCCACCACCCAGCUGCCUGCUCUAACCAUGCGUAUUUCAGGUCCUCCCGUGACGACACUGACAUCCUCCCCACAGUUUGGUCUUGGGCAAAUGACAAUGUCAGGUCUUUCUUCCAAGCAGGUGUCUCAGCCAAGGUACCUAGACAGCCCUCAUCAAGAUAUACAGGUGCCAGAGGAUGAAGUCAUGGACUCUACCAUUGCAAAGGAGCCUGAGGAGAGUGCCUCUCUGAGUGUUUUAUCUCCAAGUUCGGAGCGUCUUGCUGUUUUAUCCCGAGUCGUCCCCAGGACUGUACAGCUGGCCAAGUCCCAGUUGUUUGGGGCUGAUGAUGAGUAUGAGGAACCAAUCCAAACUACCAGAGAAUCAACACCUACACCUCAAGGUCACAGAAUAUCAAGCAAGAAGCUGAUGUUGGCUCCAGAUUCAACUUUAAAUCGGAGUCAGGGAGCAACAAUGAGUCCAGCUCCUAGUGAACCCAAGUCACGUGUUCCACUCCAACUUCAGCCACUCACCAUGGCAUCGCCACCAAAAUCCAAUGUACAGAGUGAAACCUGCUUUACCCCUCUCCUUCGUGAUGCCCGUUGUGAGUACGAAGUGCUGCCAAGUGGUCACGAUGAGGGCAAAGAGAUGGGCCAUGUUCCUCCCCAGCACCAGACCAGCAUUGUCCCAUUUGCCUCUUCCCUUAUGAAUGGACUAGAUCAUUGUUUGUCAGACAUGGGAGCUUUCAUGGGGCGGUCCUUCAGGGUGGGCUGGGGCCCUGGCUGGCAAUUGGUACAUGCAGGCCCACAACUUGCUUCAACUGCUAUUGAAGAGUACAAUGAUGAUGUGGGCUCAACAGUAGCAAUGAAGACUUCAUUUUCACCUGCUUGUUUCUUGUUCCUGGGCUCUCUUGCUUCCCAGCCUAAAACUGCUCAAAAUGCAGAGUCUCCUAGAUACAAUUUGUUGAUAGAAAAGCUGCAUACAGUCCCUCCACAAUCUCGAACCAUUCAUCACCUAACUGAGGCCAGUUUAGAAUGUGUAUUGGAGCAUAGCAUUUUGGACAUUGAUGAAAUGAGUGAGUCCAAAGAUCCAAAGUGCCCAUUUUUCCGGCCAUCAAAGGAUAUAGAAUUUCUGCAUCAACUGGCUGAAACUGCUGCAUCAUUUAGUCAAGAGGAUUCCACUAUCUCUAAUAUAUUCAAUCUGUGUGUGGCGCUUUGGGGAAGAUUAGACUUUUACUCUCCAGAGUCUGAUGGAGAGAGAGAUCACCACUUAGCCUUGUUGUUGGCCCAGGCUUGCCUUGGCCAGGAUCAUCCCCGCCAGAUUUUGGCCCAGCAGCUGUCAAACUGGGCAGAGGGUGGAACUGAUGCCCUGAUGGCUCCAUCCCGGCUGGUAUUGUACUCACUGCUAGCGGCAGCACCCACUCAUCAAGCCUCUCACACCACAGUCAAUACCUGCCAAGGACUUGACUGGAGACGAGCAUUUGCCCUUCACCUUUGGUAUGUUUGUCCAGCAACAUCAACCAUAAGUGAAGCUCUUCAAGAGUAUGAGCAAGCAGCUGGUCUGAGAGGAGAUGCUCCUAGCUACUGUGAGGCUCCAUUACCUCCAUAUUUAGCAUACCAAGCUUUACCCAAUGGCAUGAAAGCUAGCUAUGAUAUCUGCUACCACUUACUGAAGCUGUUUACUGAUCCCAUGCAUCAGUUGGAAGCUCUUCUUAAUCCUGCAACCAUCACACCAGACCCACUUGAUGUUACUGUCAGCUGGCUGCUAUGGCGCAUUCUGGAGAGCCUCAGUUACCAGCACCUUUCACCACAAUUAAGUGCUAGCUUACACCUCAGCAUGGCAGCUCUCAUGGAGUCAGAAGGACACUGGCAUUGGGCCAUUUUUGUUCUCCUCAGCAUUAAUGAUGAAGAUAGACGCAGUAAAGAAGUUAAAGAGCUUCUACAACGUCACGUUGCUGUUGGUGAAGAGGAGGAAUCUGACCCUAAGUAUGCUAUGAGGGAAGAUUUUGUCAUCACCAAGCUCAGCAUUCCUAAAAAGUGGAUACACCAAGCGAAAGCAACCAAGGCUCGGUCCCUGAAUAUGGUUGAUGAGGAGGCCUGGUACCUGUUGAAGGCUGGGGAUUACAAUCGUGCCCACAUGCUUAUUGUUGAUACCAUUGCUCCAAAUUCUAUAAUAAACGAGGACCAUCAGUACUUGCAUGGCUUCCUGGACCAAUUGUGUGAUGAUGGCAUCCGUAGUACUCUUGUUGAUUGGGCUGUUGGUGGUGGUGUGUAUGCAGAUUACUUAGAUGUGUGUUCCGUAGUGGAUGACAUGAAGAAAUCUGCUGACCCCACUCCUGCCCAGCUUGAACAACUUCGACCUCGUCUUCUAGCACUUUGCUCCAGACUGAACAAUCUCAAAUGCCAGACAGCUACACACAGAUUGUGUGUGUCGGAGAUGAGCCGCGUGGUGGUGGGAGUGUUGAGAGCAGUGGUGGGUGAGAGCACAGAUGCAACACAAGUGCUCUCCCAGCAACUCUCUGGUCUACCCCUCACUCAUGACUAUGCCCUGACUGAAUUAAACAUGGUCACCACACACUACCUGACACAUCUUUCUGCAGAGUCCUGGAAAGGAUGACUUGUUUUGCCUGUAUGUCUAUACUGCAACAUUUAAUAUUUGAUUUGCUUUUGAAAAUGCAAGUUCUGUUCUGAUUUUUCUGAAUUUUAAAUAUUAAAAUUGUGUUUGUGAGUGCACGUGCUCUUACACAUGAAAGUAUAUAUAUAUAUAUAUAUAUAUAUAGUUGCUAAUUUUGUAAGUUCUUCUGUUUAGGGAAAGCUCAUUCAUGGUAUUUAGAUAUUCAGUGAAGAAAGAGAGUAUUAGUAUGUGAACUGAGGCAUAGACAAUUUUCUUGGUACAAAAAAGUAAACAAUGGCAGAUGUUUAGAAUGUAUUUUAAACAUGGAAUUGUGUGAAUUUAUUCUGAUGGAUGCCUGUCUUCACUUUACCAAAAAUGUGUAAUUUGUGGAUGUUUCUUAAAUGUAAAAUAGUCCUGUGUUUCCUAGAGAAUGUGUUAAAUAAAGGUAUUGUGAAGAUGUUUCCUAAUCUUUGUAUUUGUUCAUAUACAUGUAAGUAUUCAAUAUUUACCCAUAAUGUUGACACUGUACUAUAUGUGACAAUUAUUUUUAAUAGGGAUGAAAUGAAAGCAGAGAAUUUUAAAGAUUUUCAGGUUGCUUCUACCUGUUUUUCUUUUGUAAUAGAUAACCCCGCUCUCAAAGGCUUUAAAAUAGCAACAAAUAUGUGAGUUACCUUUCUGGGUAAACUGUAUCUCCAAAGUACAUUUAGGUUCAGUAUUAGUUUGUCGUGAAGGAAAACUAAUAAUGUAGAUAGCACCGUUUCUAUAUGCAACAAUGUAAAAUAGUGAUAACAUUAUUAAUUAUUGUUGGAAAACACCAUAUUAGACAUGACAUGGCAUUCUUGUGUAUGAAGCCCAGCACUGCUUCUGGAUAAUUGCUUCUUUAUCUAAUGGGCGUUUUAUUUUCAGCACAGUACCCCUUGCUGGAAGUCGCCAAGCAUUUUUGUAUUUUAAGGUGCAAAUUAUAACUAAUUGUUGAAGUAGCACAAGUAAGGUAUAUUUGUAUUUUCAUCUUGCAUGCAUGUUUUUUGUGAGAAAAACUUUAUAAACAAUUUUUAAUAUAAAAAGGGAUGUGUCAGAUGAGUUACUGUAUUGUUUUAUAAUUCUUCUUUCAAUGCAUCAGCUGUAUCCCACCAAGGCAGGGUAACCCAAAAAGAAAAGCAAAAGUUUCUCUUUUUAACUUUAGUAAUGUAUACAGGAGAAGGGGUUACUAGCCCCUUGCUCCCUGUUUUAUAAUUAUAGUAAAUAAAAUAAAAAGCUAUCAUUGAUGCUUAUAAAUGGUGCAGUCUGGUCAAACUUUAUUUGUAGAUUCAGUGAGUAAUAUUAGAUAUUCUUCUGUCCUCUCAUGUUCUUAUCACAUAGUUACCUCAAAUAUUUGUAAGGAUUCAAGAUUGAAGACUGGAAAUGUUCUCUGUGGAUCUGGGUCAUAUUCUGAUAUUGUAAUGUUUAUAUUUAUUAAUUUUUUUAAGACUGCAUAUUUUGCUCUGAAUUAUUAAAGAACUGGUCUCAAAUAUUUGUAAAGAUUCAAAAUUGGAACUGUUCUCCAUGUUUCUGGCUUUUAUUCUGAUAUUGCAAUGUUUAUAUUAAUGUUUGUUUGUAUUGGCAGUUUGGAGGGAUAUGUUGUGUAUCUUUAUAUGUAUAUGCUUCUAAACUGUUGUAUUCUGAGCACCUCUACAAAAACAGUGAUAAUGUGUGAGUGUGGUGAAAGUGUUGAAUGAUGAUGAAAGUAUUUUCUUUUUGGGGAUUUUCUUUCUUUUUUGGGUCACCCUGCCUCGGUGGGAGACGGCCGACUUGUUGAAAAAAAAAAAAAAAAAUUUAAGACUACAUCUUUUGCUUUGAUUUAUUACAGAACUGGUCCUUAAUAAGCUUUGUAUUUUUAAAUUUUCUGUGCAGGAAAGAGAAAGUAAUCAUUCUGGUAACUUGUUAAAUUCAAAAUUCUCCUUAAAAUAUCCAUAUUAGAGAUUUUCCAAAUAGAGAAUGCUUUACUAUAUUAUAUUUUUGGAAUGAUGUAGGAUUUAACAUUUUUUAAAAACCAGGUUUAAAAAUUUAGUUUUGGAAAAUUCUAAUUUGGAUUGUUUUAUCCAAAUAUGAGAGGCAUCAGAUUUCUACUAUCCCUUUAUUUUUUCCUUGAAUUCAAGGAUUCAUGUGUUUGCAUUAUUGCAGAUAAGUGAAAGAUUAAUGUAUUAAUAGCUUUCAUAAUUGCUGGGAUUGGUAAUAGUAUUGUACCUUUUUGUUCUUUUUCAGUAAUUGAAGUGUUGCUGGUGUAGGCUGUGAAACUUGUCUUUUUCAGAAAUAAUGAUGGUAAACAAUGAGCUGCUUACUGCUAUGUAGUUACCUGAAGUAGUACCUAGUGUCCCCCUUUGCUUGCUUUAUACAUUGCAAUUUCAUUUUAUUAAGAGUGUUCUAAUCUAAAUCUUUUGUAAAUUUACCCUUUUCUAAAUACUGAAAUAUUCGACUAAUAAAAUUGGUACUUAUUUAUAUGAAAUA